CCUCUUCUUCUUCGUUUUCCUCUCUCUCUCUCUCUCUCUCGCUCUCUCUAAACUCAACACUCUCAAUCACACCCAUAUCCCUUCCUUAUUCGCUCUUGUCUUCUCUUUUCAGGUGAGUGAGGCUGCAAAACUUUGAACACUGGGCUGGUUGCCAUGAGUAAUUGUAAUUUUUGUGAAGGAACAAUCAAACUAUAGAUCAAUUGUGUUUUCUUAACUUAUCUGAGGUGCACUUUACAGUAGAGCAGUAGGUGGAGAAUUAUCAGACAGAUGAAAUAGCAAUUAUUAUGUCUGGACUGAUUGAAGGACUUCCUGAUGCUGUUGCAAUCAGGUGUCUUGCACGGGUUCCCUUCUACCUCCUUCCAAAGUUAGAGCUUGUCUCUCGUUCUUGGCAAGCAGUUGUUCGUGGCCCUGAACUAUUCAAAGCUCGACAGGAGGUUGGUUCAUCUGAGGACUUGUUGUGUGUCUGUUCUUUUGACCCAGAGAACUUAUGGCAGUUGUAUGACCCUCUGCGAGAUCUCUGGAUUAGUCUUCCUGUUCUACCAUCAAGAAUCAGACACCUUUCACAUUUUGGUGCUGUCUCCACUGCUGGAAAGUUGUUUGUGAUUGGUGGUGGAAGUGAUGCUGUGGAUCCUUUGACUGGUGAUCAAGAUGGGUGUUUUGCAACAGAUGAAGUAUGGUCAUAUGACCCUGUAGUACGACAGUGGUCCCCCCGUGCAGCAAUGCUUGUUCCUCGUUCUAUGUUUGCAUGCUGUGUUUCAAAUGGAAAAAUAAUUGUGGCUGGGGGCUUCACCAGCUGCAGAAAAUCAAUAUCUCAAGCAGAAAUGUAUGACCCUGAGAAGGAUGUUUGGAUUCCAAUGCCUGAUCUUCAUCGCACCCAUAAUUCAGCCUGUUCAGGAGUAGUGAUUGGAGGAAAGGUGCAUGUACUGCACAAGGAUAUGUCAACAGUUCAAGUUUUAGACAAUGCUGGAACUAUGUGGACGGUUGAAGAACGUGGGUGGCUCCAAGGUCCUAUGGCAGUUGCUGGGAAUGUACUUUAUGUGAUGAGACAUGGAUUCAUUAUCAAACAAGACAAAAAAAUGAGAAAGGUCGUUGGUUCAGCUUCUGAGUUUCGAAAGAGAAUUGGAUUUGCGAUGAUUGGUUUAGGUGAUGAUUUAUAUGUGAUUGGAGGUGUCAUUGGCCCUGACAGGUGGAAUUGGAACAUUCAGCCAUUGUCUGAUGUUGAUGUUCUCACACUUGGGAGUGAAAGACCAACUUGGCGCCAGGCAGCUCCAAUGACCCAGUGUGGUGGUACCAUUCUUGGUUGUACCCCACUGAGAAUUUAAACUUUCACUUUCCAGGCUUAUGUAAUUUGUGCUCCUAUUUGGGAAUCUGAAUUCCUUCAACUGGAGACAAAGAAAUAGCUGUUCAAUGUCUACCUUGAGUUAUAUGUAAGCCAUAACAUUUAUCCUUGUUUUUUUGUUGACUACAUAUGCGGCAAUAAGACGAGGUGAUGUUUGAAGCAAAACAAUAAAGGUCAAAUUUU